CGCGUAUGGUGGUGGAUUGGAUGAAUUGCUGGAAUUUCUUAGAAUAUUCUUAGGAAUCAGGAGUUUUUUUUGGUGCGCUGGCGCGACAUUGAUCCGUUAGACGAUUAGAUAUCCUGCAGAUAGAUGGUGCAAUGUCGACAUUCACUGUUUUAUCACACGUGUUGCCAGCCUGUUCGAAAAAAUCUAUCCUAAGCUCUAGUGUCAGAGGUUUAGCGGCUCAGUUUAGUGGGAAACUUAGGAGAAUGUCCAUGUACGGAAUCAUCGAGAGGGGUUCCCUCAACACCACCGAUUACAGGGUGUACAUCACUGAUGGAAAUGGACCCAUCUCACCCCUUCAUGACAUCCCACUGGUGGCUGAUGCCACCAGGAAGAUCUACAAUAUGGUUGUGGAGGUGCCCCGGUGGACCAAUGCUAAAAUGGAGAUCACAAUGAAGGAGACCAUGAAUCCCAUUAAGCAGGAUGUUAAGAAAGGCAAAGUCAGGUUCGUUGCCAACUGUUUCCCUCACCACGGAUACAUCUGGAAUUAUGGAGCACUCCCACAGACCUGGGAGAACCCAGAGCAUUUGGAUGAUGGCACUGGCUGCAAAGGCGACAAUGAUCCAAUCGAUGUUAUUGAAAUUGGUUACAGGGUGGCCAAACGUGGGGAGGUUCUUAAAGUGAAGGUCCUUGGAACCAUUGCCCUCAUCGAUGAAGGUGAGACCGAUUGGAAAUUGAUCGCUAUCGAUGUAAACGAUCCGUUGGCCGAUCAAUUGAACGACAUUCCCGAUGUUGAGAAGCAUUUCCCGGGUCUCCUGAAGGCCUCCGUCGAAUGGUUCAAAAUCUACAAGAUCCCAGACAACAAACCAGAAAACCAAUUCGCUUUCAACGGCGAAGCCAAACCGGCUGCAUUUGCCAACAACAUCGUCGAAGAGGUGCACAAAUUCUGGAAGAUGCUUGUCAACAAGGAGGUCGAUGCCAAAGGCAUCGCAUGUGCAAACACCACCGUCGACGGAAGCGCAUUCAAAAUUUCCGCCAGCGAAGCCAGUGACGUAGUCAACAAAUCGCCGCCCCCAGCGCCGGCCGCUGAAAUCGAUCCAAUCGUCGACAAAUGGCACUACGUCCACCUGAAGUAAACUGCUUUACCACUUGGAACAUCUUUCUUUCUAAAAGAAUCUACUUAAGUUCUAAUCUAAUAUUUGUUUUCUACUAUUUUUUUUUGUUAUUAAACAGUCACCACCAUUCACGGUUGCAAUAUGAA